AUGGCUGAUAACCACUAUGAUCAUCUCCUAGAUAACUGGAGCCGCCUUCGAAAGAUCAGCGAGCAUUUGAGCCCUCUUUUGACUGGAAGUACGGUGAAUAUCUUGGCCAUUCCCUUUGAUGAACCGGUCUUCCAACAGGAGCGGGUACUGGUCAGGGCCUACGUUGCUUCAGCUCAGGGUGCCGCACCGGAAGGGCAAGCCACCACCAAGGUCGUGCUUCUGCUUCGGGCAGGGGACUGGACAGCGGUAUCGACUUGCUCAGGGCCCCUUCGUAUCUUGCAAGCGACUCUGGGAUGUGAGGAUCAACAGCUAGUUCUGGAUUGCACGGGAAUACAGUCGGUCGUGGUUGCAACUUGUAUGCUACGUAAUGAUACCAGCCUUGAGGUGGCAGAGAUCUUCAGCGGGGGUUUUGCUGGCUGGACACAAGCGAUCUACGUAUUGCACCAGCAAGGGCUGCCCAUUAGUACAGCCUGGACUCUGGACAUUGACCCAGACUGCUCUGACAUGCUCCGCUACCAUCAUGCAUCCUGGAGUGAAGUGCACAACUUGGAGGGUCUCCGGGAGGUUCCGCAAGAUGCGACAAUGCAUCUCUGCACCGACAUCAAUGCCAAUUGGUGGCUUCGUGUGUUUCAGGAUCGCCCUGUCAGUGUAGCCUGUGUGUCGGCGCCCUGCCAGCCGUGGUCAAGUGCAGGGUCUGAACAAGGACUGUUGUCAGAGGACGGCCGGCUGCUGCUUCGGGCGGCAGAUAUACUUGGCACAUUCCAGGUUCCUUUUGUGCUUUUGGAGCAAGUUGCAAAUUUCCCGCUUCACCCGCAUUUCAGGACUGUAAUGAAGGCUUGGGACCAGGCUGGCUACCGGAUACAGUGGCAGGCCUCUCUUAAUCUCCUUGACGUUCUGCCGGGGCAGAGGGUUCGGUUCUUUAUAGUUUUCCAACAUGCCUCGCACACGACCACAAAGUGUCUUGAGAUGGGUGCCUGGACGACGAGCAAACGCAUGAACCUGGGACAGGCUAAAGUCUUGUUCCCCCUGCCGCCAUCACUACGUAGUGCCUGCACACCCAGCACAGACGUAUUGGCAGAAUACAUGGACCCCUACUAUGUGCCUAGCCCCCGCCAAGCGCACCUGCGCCCGCAAAGCCCGGCCCAAUACCGCCUCCGCACUGCCCAUGAUGUUGCAGGUGUCUUUGUUGCGCAAUACCAGUACCAGCACGAGCUGCCACCACUGCAGAAGCAGAAGGGCAUACUUGGAUGCCUUCUCCAGCAGGCGGGUUGCACCAGAUUCUUCUCAGGACCUGAGAUUGCUGCAAUACAUGGUGCCACGCUUCCCACGUUCCUGCAUUCCGACCGGCGCACACAGAUGCGCUUGCUGGGCAACGCGGUCGCUGUUCCGCAAGCAGUUGUACCUUUGAUUCAAGCAUGCUGCCGUUGGGGUGUCGCGGACACUCCAGAGCCGGCCGAGGCCGUUUCUUGGUGUCUGCAGUCCCGCCUGCAUAGUCAGAACAGCGUGUUGAUGCCCUUUGGGGAGGACUGGGUUCUUUGCCACCAUUCACAGACUGAGCAGGUUCUGCAGGCACAUGCUGCGCACAGCCCUUUGACGUUGCAUGCAGAAGCACCGGAUGCUUUCGUGCCGAUUGCCUGCCAAGUCGGCUCCGCGACCUUCCGCGUACUUGCACCAACUGAUGUGGACCUUCGGAGCCUCUUGUCUUUUGUCGGUUGCACGACCUCAACGGUCACCCAGGGUGCCACCACAGGCCUCACAGCUCCUGAUGAAACGAUUCGACUCCGCUCUCCACCGGAGCUCAACUGCAAUGGAGUUAUAGGCAGCACAGGCCCCCAAUCCGGCUUCUCUCUGAUACUUACGGAGACUGAGCUCGUCGUCACCGAGCUCCACACGCCCCGCUCGUGGUCGCAGCUGCUCAACGUUUUCCAGCAGCUGGCCCCGGGCCAAGCAGACCUUGCACUGUUCUCCACCACUGGCCAAAGACUUCAUCGCACGGCCGAGUUUCAGACAUGCAUGAUCGCAGUUGCAGAGGACCCCGAGGUCCCCAUCUUCCCGCUCAGCACUUUGGUGCCCUGCCUGCAUGGUCUUCAGCUCCGUCGUCAGGAUGCCACGUUGCAGCUUGAGGUUGAGGCCGGCGUUGCUGCACACAUGUGGCUUGCGAUGCCCUUUCACCUGCUAUAUGCUUUGGGCUGGUCUUCGGAGGAGCUCGAUUUUCCCCCGCCAAGGGAUAGCACUGCCACCUUUGUCAUGCGACCCAGCCGGCUGGUCGAGGUACAGGUUGUUGCCCGUAAGUUGUGGGAGGGCGUUUUGCCCGGCGGCAUUGCACUUCAGCUCUUUUCGGACAUCUGGAAUGGCAUCAGCAGACUGUGCAGUCUGCCAUCGGGCCACCGGAUCUUUUCUGGCCCGCACCCGCAUGAUCCGGCGACCACACUGCAAACUCUGCACCAGGCCCCGCGAACGUGUGUGAUUCGCCGAACAGGCCACCUUGUGAUCACCAUCCACCCCGAAAUCCGGGGGGGCGGCGUUAAGAGCGAGAAUCUGAGCUGGGCACAAACCCGAGCCGCAUCCGAAUGCUUAUCACAGGGUCUGGACCUCGGCAAAACGACCGCCUUCGUCGAUAAGCUCUCCAAUGCUGUUGGGGCUCAGCGUCUUUCGCAGACUCUACAGGAUACCUCUUCGGGCUCAAAGUGGGCCGCUCUGACUGAGCUGGCCGCCUCUGCCAAUGUUGCCGUGCCGUUGCUGUCUAACCUGCCUGCCAAGGCUGCUGCCCGUGCCACCAAACAGCAGCAGCGCCGCAAAGCCCAGGACCGCAGAACUGUCACUGCCGCGGAGGUGCAGCUCACCACCGACUUCUUCCUGAAUGAGGACGGCUCUUGCACCUCUGUCCUCGAUGCCAUCCAACCAGGAGUUUCAGGCAUUAAGCUCGUUGAUGAACCCGAGGCCGCUGCCCUACUGCAGGCCCUGCGUGGAGUCCAGCCGGACGAGCUUGGCCUCCUCGUACUAGGGCACUCCUGCCCCAACCCCGCUGAAUGCAAUGGUCACAUGUGUUUCCCAGCUACCUCCAAAGAAACCGGUGCACGCCUCUUGCUCGCCGGCUGCCUCCACAAUGUUGGUGGACGUCGCAACAAGGUCCGUGAGUCCAAUGACAUCCAAGUAUCCCUUCCUGAGCUCAACUGCUGCUCUUUCGAGUGUUACGCCGAUGAGUUUGAGGAUGCUACCUGGCAGAAUUUGGUCCAAGCCCCGGUGCGCGCUGUUCUGGACAAGGACGGCCUUGCAAAGCCUUUCUCGGACCCCUGGGGCCGCAGCUUCUCGCAGGCUGGACGGCCAGCACUUGCCACACUUGCAGAUCGCCUCUACUUUCAGGCUCGGGUCCCCACGGAUCAGCUCGACAAGCUGCUGGUGCUCAGUGGGCACAACCAUGUGUAUGUGACCCCCAGGAAAAUGGACCGGACCAUUGUGCAGGCCUACUCCAUUGUCUGGUUGGGGGCCUCGAGAGCAGAUGCACUGCACGCCUCGCUCCAGGUACCAGGCCAAUUAGGCAUCGCCCGGGCCAAAGCCAAGUUUGGGCUCCGCAUACCCGCCGCCCGGUUCACAGACGUCUUUGCUCAGCUCCGUCCCGGUCAGAUCAUCCCUAAUAAGGUAGCAGUCAGCCAGCUGUACCGCAUCGGCCCCCUCCCGCAGGAGGUGGGCAAUGAAGCUCUGGUCGAAUGGGCCACGCAGGCAGGCUGGCAGAUCCGUGUCAUCAAAAGCCUAGGCGCACGGCAUUGGCUCAUAGGGGCAGCAGCUCCUCCGCCUACAAUCUACCCCGCCUUCAACGGCCAGACCAUCUUGAUUUCGGCGGUUGGCGACAGACAUUCCGAGCCACCGGUUGUGCAGUCCGGCUCCUUGCCGCAGCGAUCCAGCCCUCUGCCUGCCAAGGAGACACAGCGAAAGGGCGAGGACCCCUGGCUCAUCAAUGAUCCCUGGAGCCGUGCAGUCUCCAACUCCAUCGCAGGUGGCAGCUUCUCUAGCCGUGCCUCCAUGGCCUCAACUGAGACACCGGCCCGCAACCUCGCUGGCCCGACGGAGCAGCGAUUUAAAGCCCAGGACAGCCGCCUCCUUGCACUUGAAACCGGUCUUGAGAAUCUUCGCCUCAAGCAGGAAGCCCAACAUGGCGAGCUCCUCCAGCGCCAGGCAGAAGAUAGAGAGACCUCUGCAAAGGCCUCCCUGCAACUUCGCGACCAGAUGUGUAUGAUGAGCAAUGAGUUCGCAGCCCAGCUUAAGCAAUCGGUCGAAUCGCUGCGCGGAGCCCAACAGCAGCAGCAGCAGCAGACACUUGCCAGUUUCGAGGAGCUGAAGUGCUUGAUGAUGUCAUGCUGCGACACACGUGACAGCUCGAAGAAGGCCAAAACCGGACAGGAAGAGGAGCUGACGUUGGGAGUUUCCUCCGUAUGCCAACUGGCCCUCUCGGACAACCGAAGAGUUGCCCGUUGCAGUUUCAUUGUUUUCGAGUUUCUUGCUUCCACAGACCUUCUGCACCACGACUGCCCGCAGCCGACCACAACUUCCAUUCUGGACACCGGUUUGGUGAGGCCUCCCACCCAGGCCCCGGUGCAGCUCCUCCGCAAAGCUCUCCGCGAACGGGGUGACGCAACGCCUCCCUCCACUGAACCGGAGCACCAGGCCGCACCGCCGUCGGAUGACACUACCUUCCGCCUGUCAGUGGUGAACCCCACCAGCAUCUUGCACAAGGAGGCAGCCCUCCUGCAACUGCGGUGCCAUGUCUACCUCCUCUCGGAGACCUCUGCCGUUGAGGAAGCACAAACCAUUGUCAGCCAGCGGUUGCGCGCUGCCCGCCUUACCUGGGUGUGGGGCAAACCUGUGGCCCCGCACUACCGAGAGGGCGCAUCUCAACCUUCUCUGCGUGGCCAUGCUGCCGGAGUCGCCUUGGCCUCCGUUUUCCCUGCAAGGGCCCCUUUCCAGGCCAUGCACGGCCCUGCGUUUGACUCACAACGACUGGUUGUCGGUCAUGUUCGCCUUGGCCCUCUUCAUGCACGGGUCGUUGUUGUCUAUGGUUGGCCUGCAAACCAUUCUGCGGCAGCCGCACGCAAUCAACAACUGUUUCAAGAAGUGCUGGCCCUUAUACAGGAAUCGGACCUCCCAACUCUUGUUGGAGGUGACUUCAACACUGAUGUGACCUGUCUCCCGGUGUGGGAAGACUUUGUCAAACUGGGCUUUGCAGAGCUUUUCCACCUUUACAACCAGCGUUUUCAGCAAGAGCUACCGGCCACGUGCCGCGGCAGCACGUGCCACGACACCUUGCUGCUGCCGCCGUUGUUCCAACAGCUACUGCAACAGGCCACUGUCUCGACUGACUGCCACCUGUUCGACUCCCACGCCCCAGUUGUGCUCCACUUUGCCUUGCCACAGAGCAACCCGUGCCACCAGGUUUGGCGUAAACCUGCCAGCUGGAGUCAUCUGCAGCCGGAACCGGCAACAGUUGAGCGUUUUUACUGCCAGGGCCGUGCCCCUUUGCAGGACCGCAUGGCCAACUGCAGCAGCCGCGAAGAUUUGGAGGCUCUCUUUCUUGAUUGGGCCGAAAAAAUCGAGGAUUCAGUUGACCUGGCCGUGCAACAACAGCAUUUUCGUGACCCCCUGCGUCACCCCACUUCUCGGCUGCCAAGGUCUGCCCGGGGCCGCUGCUCUUUUCGAGACGUCAAGUUGCAGCCCAGCCAAGUCGCAUGCCCGGCUGCUCGCCCAGGCGACUAUCAGCCCCCAGAUGAGCCCAUCUCCUUCAGGUCCCGCCACAAGGUCAAGCAGGUCCGCCGCCUCCAGGCAUUUGGCCGACAUCUCGCCCGUGUCCGGCGAUUGGCUCCCACUGACCCCAACAUGCACGCGCAGGUUGCCCUGUUGCACAAAGAGUGGCUGGCCGUACUGUCGGCCCGCGGGUACCCGCCUGACUUUCCCAGCUGGAUUCUUCAGGUCGCUCAUUUUGAGGCUUUCUAUGGCCUCCCCGGAUCGGCCUGUGCUUCACAAGCUCCCUCCAUUGAAUUGGUCUCGAGCGGGGAUGCUUCCAGCCUUGCUACGGCCCUACAGCUCUUUCCACCUUCAGCGUGGCUCGACGAUGUGCUGAGCUAUGUACGCUACGAGUGCGAGGCUGUUAUCUGCCAGGAACAUGAUGCACGCCGUAAGGUUGGACAGUACCGGCAGAAACUUGACUCCGCCUCCGGCCUGAAGGCCGGCUACCGUUCCGUGCGCCCUGCUGCAAAGCCUCCUUUUACUGUUGUCCCGGUGCACGAGCAGCAACAUGCAGUUUUACACUGUUGUGCGGCCGAUGGUGAAUUCCCAGUUGAGAUCGGCCACGUACAGGAUGACGAGAUUUUCGGCCCCCGUCUCUGGCUUCGGAUCCCAGACGCGCCCUACCAGCACGAGUUUCCCUUGUCGCAGCAUACUGAUGCCACCACACCCAGGGAGCUCAGCCGGUGCUUCAUUGAGUUUUGGAACCCAAUUUGGAAUCGGGACAAGGGCCAGGCACGUCAGGAUCUCGAUGCUUGGACUGAUUUUCUGCAGUCUCUCCCUGCCCCCCCCGAGGGAGCUGAGAAAUUGCACCUGCCCCUCGACAGCGUUGCCUUCUGGCGCCGCCGACUGCAGCUGCUCAAGCCGCAUAGUGCCACGGGCUAUUGUGGUUUUUCGAACCUUGAGCUCAAAAACCUGCCAGAGUCACCACUUGAGGACUUGGUUCAGCUAUUUGCCCUCUGUCAUCGGUUUGGCUGGCCGAGCCAUCUUGCGAGUGCCACGGUCUCCGUCUUGGCCAAGGUGGCCACGCCGCAGGGCAUGAGGCAUGGAAGACCGAUCACUGUCUUUGCCAAUGUCUAUAGGCUGUGGGCUUCGGGCGUCGCCACUGCCAUACUCCAAAGCUGGUCGGACUGGCUGCCCCCUGGGCUCAAAGGCUGCAUACCGGGGAGGUCGGUGCGAGACCUCUCUCUCGCCCUUGAGUGCCAAAUAGAGCAGUGCCUGCUGGAUCACCAGGCCUUCGCUGGGUUCUCCAUCGACAUAGUCAAAUGCUUCAACCAGCUACCACGGCUCCCUCUGCGUUACCUUCUCGGCCACCUGCAGGUGCCAGAGUACAUACUCUCGACCUGGUUCGAUUUUCUUGACUCUUGCCAGCGCCGUCCGGUUGCAGUGUGCUGGGCAGCGCAUUCGAGACUGCUCGUGUUUGGGGCUCAGCUUUCGUCCUAUGUUGAUAAUUUCACCUGGACCGGCCACAGCCAAGACGCCAUUGCGGAGGCCAUCGUUGAUGCACAGGAUUUUUGCCGCUCUUUGCGGCUGCCCAUUGAUUGGGAUAAGUCUUUCGCUUGGGCCACCACACGCACCUUGCGCCGCUGGCUCUCGGGUACGGCUCAAAACCUUGUGCCCCAGGGAGCAACUUUACGCAUUGUGGACACUGCCAAAGAUCUCGGAGUUGCCUUUAAGUUUCGGCGUACCAAUGCCCUGGCUACGGCUCAGAAGAACAUUGCUGAAGGCAAACGUAGGCUGCAACAGUUGCAACGCCGGAGUCUACCUUUGUUCGAUGCCGCACGCAUCAUACAAACCAGCGUCUGGCCAACCGCCUUCUACGCACUAGAAGGCCGCCUGCUUGCGGAAGAUUGCACCGCCCAACUGCGUACUGAAGCUAGCCGUGCUCUCAUUGGGCAACGAGCUAGCGCCAGCCCCCUGUUGGCCCUCUCUGCCCUGACUGCCCGCGUCACAGACCCCGAGGUCUACUUGCUGUGUCAGGCCUUGCUUGCGCUUCAGCGACUGCUGGUCGUCGACCCCGCCCUGGCCCGACAGUGGUUGCGGUGCACAGUGCAACACUUUGAGCUGCCUCACCGUGCCAUCGGCCCCGCCACGGCACUUGCCGGGCGUCUCCGCCGCAAUGGCUGGCGCAUCAGUACUGAAGGGAUUGCCUCCGGCCCCGGCCACAUCAAGUUUGACCUCCGGCACGAUCGGCCAAAGACCAUACGCGCCGCCGUGCGGGCCGCCUGGCUACACCAGCUCCCGGAGAAACUUCAGGAUCGCAACGGCAUGCGCUUUGCAGGGGUUCCUGUGCCGGAAAUUACCGAUCGGGUGCUAUCGCGGUUUAAUCACGGACUGCAGGUGCAUCUUGCGCAGACCAUCGUCGGGGCGUACAUGUCCAAUGCCGCCCGUUCCCAGUGGGACCCACUGCAAGCUCCCACCUGCAGCCUCUGCGGCGGUCUUGACCAUAAGGCUCACCGCAUACUGGAUUGUCCAGCUACAGUCGAGCUGAGGGCUCUCUACGCCCCGCUUUUGAACUGGGUAUUGGCUGAGCAGCCCCACUGGAUCCAUUGUCCGUUCCCGGUCGCCUCCCCACAGGAGCCAUUCUUGCGCCUCUAUUGGCGAAGCCGACGACUGCGUCCUCCGCCUCAUCCUCAGCACCUCCAACAGUCCUUGCCGGAGCACUGCCAUUUUUAUACAGAUGGCGCUUGCACACGCCCCAACAUCCCCGCAGCGCGACAUGCAGCUUGGGCUGUUGUUCUGUAUGUUGGGUCGGAGGGUCGCACCUUGCACGAGGAUGUGGACUUCUGGCAGCGUCACUCCGUAACACCACCGGGAUGGCACAUCGUCGCCCAAGGCGUCGUGCCAGGACAGCAGGACAUCAACAGGGCUGAAUACUGUGCAAUUUCUCAGGCCCUGCAGCUGCAACAGUGCCUCGACCCCACCGCUGCAACAGUCUGGUCCGACUCAAACAAUGCUCUGCGCGCUGUCCAGCAGCCUUCUGGCAGCUCCGUCCUCCCCAGCAAGCGCCACUUCGCCGAGGAUUUGGUGCCUGAUGACUUGGAUCGCCUGCGACAAGGCACACAGCUCUGCAAGGUCCAGGCCCAUCAAUCUCUUCACGACCUUGACGUCAAUGACGAAACUGCGGCCGCCCGUGCCGCCCUCGGCAAUGCUAUUGCUGAUGAGGCCGCCAAGGCUGCUCUUCGGGCCGACUUACCCAUUUCUGAGGAGACCUGUGCAUCGGUUGCCAGCUGGCUGCACGAGCAGGAGGACAAGUUUGGGUUGUACUGCCGCUAUCUUGAGCAACUGACCAAGCUUGUCGUGCCCGCAAAGCGCCAAGCAGCAGCUACGCUGCUCGAGGACCCUCCUCCCGAGGGUUCCACCGAACCAGGGCCGAGGUGGAUCGCACUGCAACCCCCAGCGGACAGGUGCACAGUGACAGGACCGGCCCUUCCGGCCCCGCAAUUUGUUCCUGGCGACUGGCCACCGUGGUAUGUGAAAGCUGUCAGCAAUUGGGUCGGCGCUCUGUUGUGGCCGCCUCAACUGCUGAACAGUCACCGCCACUCAGGGAUUACCUAUCUUGAGCUCCUCGUUAACUUCGUAGUCUGUACAGGGCAGUUGCCGCCAGUACGGACCACGGAAUCAACAGGACCAGCAUGGGUUAACUUGUGCGAGCCGGCGGGAGUUCUGCUACCAGUGAUCGUGCGGGAGCUCACAGUACAGUUUGUCAACAGUAUCAACAGUAUGAGCAAGCGACUUGAGCUGGGACUGUGGCCUAGCCCUCGACACCACCGACUACACUCACUUGACUUUUAUGGAAGCUGCGACGGCCGAAAAGGUCUCCUUUAUCGGCCUCACCUGGAAAAGCUCAACGAGACUCAGGAGGCGCUCUCCAGACUUUUGCUGGCGGACAAUCCAGGUGAAACGUUGCGCGAGCUUGCAUGGCAUGCUGAUGUGUAG